GGGCCGCAUAGGUAAAUAAAGUUCACUUCCGAGUGGUCGACAUAAAAAGAUAAGCCGCGGAAGUUUCACACGUACAAUAUUAUGUACUUACUCACGGAUAAUAUAUUUGUACAAAUAAAGGGUGUUUCUUUAAGAAUGCCGGAUUUAAUUUUCCCCGUAUUUUUUUUUGUGUGUAUUGGCUGACCUAUUUCUUUUAUCAUUGUAAUCUAUAAACCCUCCGCAAUAAAAUGCUGUAAAGGUUUUAACGAUACAAUUUUGUUUUAUUCAUUUAUUUUGAUUGUUUCUAACGUUCUGUUUGUAACCAUGGUGCGACUGAGUUUACAAGAACGCGUUUUGGUUGUUGAGACUUUUUAUUGUCAUAAUGAAAGUUAUUCCGAAACAGUGCGCCAUCUUAGACGUAUCAUGGGUCGAAAUGAAGCUCCUAAUGACUCAACAGUUCGUCGAUUGGUGGUUAAGUUCAAAGAAACUGGCUCAGUGCAAGAUAUCAAAACUUCUACGCGUCAGCGCAGUCGCAGAUCUCUUUUUAAUCAAGAAAUGGCUUUUGACAGUGUUUUGACCAUUCCAACGACAUCUCUUCGUCGACGAUCACAACAGUUGGCAAUACCGCUGAGUUCGUUGAAUCAUGAAGAAAGAUUUGCAUUUGCACCCAUAUAAACUCCAACUUACUCAAGGGCUCAAAGAUAAUGAUCACGGAAAACGCAGACAGUUCCCAUACUGCUCGUGCGACAAUAAUUUUAUUUAACGAAAAUUUUGAGGGCCGAUUUCUUUCACGAUGUAGUGAUCAGUACUGGUCUCCCAGGUCGUGUGAUCUAACUCCAAUGGAUUUUUUCCUCUGGGGUUACGUCAAAGCUCAUGUCUACGAAAACAAACCACGAACAAUUACUGAG